AUGGGCGAGGAAAGGGGCGGUGAUGACGAAGAAGGGCUGCGGCUGGAAGUGAGGGAGGGGGGAAGCAGCAGGGGGAGCGGGGAGGAGGGUGGGCUGGAGCUGCACCCGGUACUGGAGGAGAUGCCCAAGUGGAAGGUGCUGCGGGAAAAUCGCAUGCUGCCUGCCUCUCAUCAAGAGAUUCAAGCGGAGCGCAGCACACAGCAGGUUGAAGCAACAGCAGGCGCACCACCGCCGGCACCAUUACCAUCAGCAGUGCCGCCUGUGCUGGUGGCGUGCAAGGACGAGCGCACUUGCCACCAGCUGCAGGACGUGCUUGCAUUUGGUGCUGCCACGAGAGAACAGGUGCUGCUGCUGGCAGCGGCGAAGCGAGUGAAGAGGGAAAUGGAGGAGGAGGAGUUGGAGAUGUUUGGGAGGGGGGAAUUGGAAAUGGGGGGAUUGAGAGGGGUGUUAGCUGGGGGAGAGGGGACGCAGGGAGUUGCGAGAAGAGGUGGAGGGGCGAGAGGGGGAAGGGAAAAUGGAGGAGGGAGGGGUGGUGGUGGUGGGGGGAGGAGUAACGGGAAGGGGGUUGCAGCAGCAGGGGGUGGGGGAGUGGAGGCGGAUGGACGGCAGGUGCGACUAGAGUUGGAUUUGAGAGUGGUGGAGAGGGAUAAUGCGGAAGGAGAGGACGGCAGGUCUGCAAUAGACCAAGCCCCUAUGACCCUGCCUCCUCCGCCCCUAUCCCACCCCGCUGCUGCCAAUGCCAUCACGAGGAGAGGGGGUGGGCGGAGAGCAGCAGAGCGACAAGAGAUGAGGGUGGUGGUGGAUAUGAGGGAGUUCAACAGCAGCCUCCCCUGCGUGCUGCACCAGCGGGGCAUCAAGAUCCUCCCAGUGACUCUAGAGGUCGGAGACUACAUUCUCUCGCCGGACAUUUGUGUCGAGCGCAAGAGCGUCAGCGAUUUGUUCGCCUCGUUUGCGUCAGGUCGUCUGCACCACCAGGCGGAGACCAUGUGCCGCUACUACCGACUGCCCGUGCUACUGAUAGAAUUCUCCAGCGACAAGAGCUUCUCUCUGCAGUCAGCGAGUGACAUCAGCGAUGACAUCACCCCAUCGAGCAUCAUAUCCAAGAUGUCGCUGCUCGCGCUGCACUUCCCGCGCCUCCGCAUCGUGUGGUCCAGAUCGCUCCACGCAACGGCUGAGAUCUUUGCGUCGCUGAAGACCAAUCAGGACGAGCCAAGUGUUGACCAGGCAAUGAGGGUCGGCGUUCCCACAGAGGAUGGGCUGGUGGAGGGCGACACGAGGUAG